GUGAGUUGCUGCAGUCGUUCUUCGGCACGCUGCGUGUCUUCACAGAUAAAUGGCAAAGUCGCAGUUUUUGUUCGUAGUUUUUCGCUGAUAAACUCAAAGAGGACGAUACACAUAAAUGGCCCGUCGAUGUUCCAGCGGUUUUGGACACGAUACAGCUUUAAAGUCGGAAAGCGGCUUUGUUUAAAUUGCGUUACAAGCGACAAAGUGAUCGACGGCUGAGCAAGUGGCUGCUAACAUAAAGAAUCCGGAUCGGCUGCUACCGACAAGGUACAGGUCAAGAUGUCUGUCAGCAACCACGAAAACAGAAAGUCCCGUUCUAGUUCAGGUUCCAUGAAUAUCCAGCUGUUCCACAAGACAUCCCAUGCAGACAGCCUGUUGACCCAUCUCAAUCUGUUACGCAAAAGGAGAGCCUUCACAGAUGUUGUCCUGAAAGCUGGAAACACGGCCUUCCCCUGCCAUCGCGCCGUCCUGGCAUCCUGUAGUCGAUACUUUGAGGCCAUGUUUAGUGGCGGACUCAGGGAGAGUCGGGAUGCUGAAGUCAAUUUUCACGACUCUCUCCAUCCAGAGGUGCUAGAACUUUUACUCGACUAUGCCUACUCGGCCCGAAUCAUCAUUAAUGAAGAAAAUGCAGAGUCACUCCUGGAAGCUGGCGACAUGCUUCAGUUCCAUGACAUCAGGGACGCAGCGGCUGAGUUUCUGGAAAAGAACCUCCACCAGUCUAACUGUCUUGGAAUGAUGCUACUGUCAGACGCCCAUCAGUGCCAGAGACUGUAUGAACUCUCGUGGAGAAUGUGCCUUGCAAACUUUGCUACCCUCUACAGGACAGAGGACUUCCUCAACCUGCCUCGAGAUAAAGUCAAGGAGCUGAUCCUCAGCGAGGAACUGGAGGUAGAGGAUGAAUGCCUGGUUUACGAGGCCGUCAUUGACUGGGUCAGAGCUGAUAUGGAGAGGAGACACAGUGAGCUGCCUGAGCUGCUGCGCUGUGUCCGUCUGGCACUGCUGCCUGAGACGUACCUAUUGAACAACGUUGCUUCGGAGGAGCUGGUGAUGUGCCACAAGGUUGGACGGGAAAUCGUUGAAGAUGCCGUACGGUGCAAGAUGAAGAUCCUCCAGAAUGACGGUAUUGUCACAGGAUUCUGUGCCCGACCUAGAAAGGUCAGCCAGGCUCUGCUUUUAUUGGGAGGACAGACUUUUAUGUGUGAUAAAGUCUACAUGAUUGACAACAAGACCAAGGAAAUCACACCAAAAACAGACAUCCCGAGCCCCAGGAAAGAAUGCAGUGCUUGUGCAAUUGGAUGUAAAGUUUAUGUUACUGGUGGGCGUGGCUCUGAGAAUGGUGCCUCAAAAGAUGUCUGGGUCUAUGACACGUUACACGAUGAAUGGUCCAAAGCUGCGCCUAUGUUGGUAGCAAGGUUUGGGCAUGGGUCUGCGGAACUUGACCACAUUCUCUAUGUUGUUGGAGGACAUACUUCUCUUGCAGGAUCCUUCCCUGCCUCUCCAUCUGUGUCUCUCAAACAAGUAGAACAGUACGAUCCUCAGACCAACAAGUGGACACUAGUGGCGCCGCUCAGAGAAGGAGUGAGCAAUGCCGCUGUUGUCGGUGCCAAAAACAAACUCUUUGCCUUUGGAGGCACCAGUGUCAACAGAGACAAAUAUCCCAAAGUCCAAUGCUUUGACCCGUGCCUGAACCGGUGGUCUGUACCUGCUGCGUGCCCCCAGCUGUGGCGCUACACAGCCGCAGCGGUGGUCGGCAAUCACGUGGUUGUAAUUGGCGGUGACACAGAAUUCUCAGCCAGCUCUGCCUACAGGUUCAACAGUGAGACGUACCAGUGGUCAAAGUUUGGCGAUGUGACGGCUAAACGCAUCAGCUGCCAUGCAGUGGCUUCAGGAAACCGUCUUUAUGUGGUGGGAGGAUACUUUGGUGCCCAGAGGUGCAAGACGCUGGACUGUUAUGAUCCAGCAUCUGACUCUUGGGACAGUGUGACCAGUGUGCCAUACUCACUCAUUCCCACUGCCUUCGUCAGCACGUGGAAGUACCUCUCAGCUUAAAUAGACAACAUGUUUCUUUGCUUAGCAGCGGUGUCUGGUAUGCAGGCAUGUGUCUCUUCCCUUCACUGGCUGCUGGUAUUCCUGCUGCGGAUCCAUCCUGUUUCACAUUAUCUUCAUCAGUGGAGGACCAAAGGCCUGAACCCUGGAAACGGCCCAGAGACUGGAAGUCUGCCGCCUGCCCGCGGCCUUUUUCCACCUCUCCUGUUUACUCCCGCAUCUGUGUAAUUUUUCCCAUGUAGGCACCAGCCCGAACCUUGUAUCUCACACAGACUCUGCUGUCGUAUUCAUAUAGCGUGCGAUUCGCAGACGGGAAACGAUGGCAGAAAUGUGUGCUGUGGGCGUCAGGAAUGUUUGGCUUGUCAGUUGGCAUCAGCACAGUCAGGCAAAGGUUGGCCUCUCGUUCCACCUCCUGGGGCUAAUAAUGUCCCCGCAGCACUCUAAUGACUCAGCCCAUCGUUUAAAGCGUGUAUCAUCUUAGUCCCAAACCCAUUAACAAACUCCAUCAGGACGAACUCAGCAGUGACAGCACUAUUUAACAGUUACCUACAAAAGAACUGAGCUGCUGUUUCCUGACACUGGGCGUUUCCUCAGGUGCAACUUCUUAGCACUGCUGACAGACUGAAUAAGACGUGCUACUCCAAGCACAGAAGAAAAGACAUUUGGAGGAGUGUUUUUUGCGGAAACCAUUUUCCUGUUUGUAUUUUUAGAUUUUGGACUUGGGCUUCCCUCAAUUUUGGUGAACUAAAUUUGUAUGUUCUUCCUCAACUUAAAGCACACUCACAGGAGAGACGUUUGCUCAUUAUGAAGAAUUGUGUUUUUGUUUUUUGUGUGUGUCUCAGGGUUUGUGUAGUUGGUGUUCUGUUUAGACGGGCAUUACAUGCAUUUCUUCAACAAACAUUUAACUUGUGCUUUCUGUCUUCUGUUCUGAAGAUAUUUUUGUGAAUGUACUAUUUUGUGACAGUUUUCCAGGACUCUUCUUUUUGAGUAUUGCUCUUAACGUUUUUCUAAGUGAAAAGAUGAUCAGUGGUCAUACUUAAAAUAUAAAUAUUUAAUAAUACCAAAAUAAAUAACAAUACCAAAA